CAAGCUUGUGUAGUAAUUGGUUAGGACUCUGAGCGCCGCUGUUCACCAAUCAGGGAGAGAAAAGCAGAGCGAUCCUGCUUGCGGUGCAUGCGCCUGAAGCACAAAGCACAGAUAGAAACUAACCAUCUCCUCCUGGACUGUGAGGAAACUGAACGGAGUAGCUCUGGUCCCCCAGCUGACGGAUUCUAAGGACGGAAGUGGUGAUCCAGACAUCGGUGGUUAAGGGAAGAAUUGGAAAUAAUUCUCCAGCAAAGUGACAAUGAUUCCUGCGCGACUGCACCAAGACUGCAAAGGGCUGGUCCUGCUGGGAGUUCUCCUGGGGAUUCCGUGGGAAACUGGAUGCACCCAAAUCCACUAUUCAGUUCCCGAGGAGCUGGAAAAAGGAUCCAGGGUGGGCAACAUCGCCAAGGAUCUGGGGCUGGAGGCCGGGCAACUGGAAGAGCGCGGAGUCCGUAUCGUCUCCGGAGGUAGGACGCAACAUUUCGCUCUGAACGCGCAAAGCGGCAGCUUGGUCACCGCGGGCAGAAUAGACCGGGAGGAGCUCUGUAUGGGGGCCAUAAAGUGUCAACUAAAUCUGGAGAUUCUGAUGAAAGAUAAAGUAAAAAUAUAUGGGGUGGUGGUAGAAGUGAAAGAUAUUAAUGAUAAUGCCCCCUACUUUCGGGAAGAAGAAUUAGAAAUAAAAAUAGGUGAAAACGCAGCUACUGGGAUGCAGUUCCCCCUUCCCCACGCUUGGGAUCCGGAUAUCGGGAAGAACUCUCUCCAGAGCUACGAGCUCAGUAAUAAUACUCACUUCUCCCUGGAGGUGCAAAGCGGAACGGAUGGUAAUAAGUACCCGGAAUUAGUGCUGGAGCGCGCCCUGGACCGCGAGGAAAAGGCGGUCCACCACCUUGUUCUCUUGGCCUCUGAUAGAGGCGACCCAGUGCUCACUGGCACCGCGCGCAUCCGCGUGACGGUCCUUGAUGUGAACGACAAUGCACCAGCGUUUGCUCAGUCCGAAUACCACGUGAGCGUUCCGGAGAACGUGGCGGUGGGCACUACGCUGCUCCUGGUAAACGCCACCGACCCUGACGAAGGAACCAAUGCGGAAGUAAUGUAUUCUUUCCGGUAUGUGGACAACAAGGCUGCCCAACUUUUCGAGCUAAAUUGUAAUUUAGGAUCAAUUUCAACAAUAGGGGAGCUGAACCACGAGGAAUCGGGAUUCUAUGAGAUGGAAGUGCAAGCAACUGAUAAUGCAGGAUAUUCUGCACGAGCCAAAGUCCUUAUCACAGUUUUGGAUAUGAAUGACAAUGCCCCUGAAGUACUUGUCACCUCUCUCUCCAGCUCCAUUCUGGAAAACUCUCCGAGAGGGACAUUAAUUGCCCUUUUAAAUGUAAAUGAUCAAGACUCUGGGGAAAACGGACAAGUGAUCUGUUUCAUCCAAGGGAAUCUGCCCUUUAAAUUAGAAAAAUCUUAUGGAAAUUACUAUAGUUUAGUGACAGACACACUCCUAGACCGAGAACUGGUCCCUAGCUACAACAUCACAGUUACUGCCACUGACAGAGGAAAUCCACCCCUGUCCACAAAAACGCACAUCUUACUUAAUGUGGCAGACACCAACGACAACCCACCCACCUUCUCUCAUGCCUCCUACACAGCCUAUGUCCCUGAGAACAACCCCAGAGGAGCCUCCAUAGCGUCUGUGACUGCAUAUGACCCGGACUAUGGAGAGAACGCCCAGGUCACUUACUCCCUGGUUGAGGACACCUUCCAGGGAGUUCCCCUGUCCUCUUACAUCUCCAUCAAUUCCGACACGGGAGUCCUGUACGCACUGUGCUCCUUCGACUACGAGCAGUUUCGAGACCUGCAGCUACAAGUGAUAGCGCAUGACAGCGGCGACCCUGCACUCAGCAGCAAUGUGUCACUGAGCCUGUUUGUACUGGACCAUAAUGACAACACGCCAGAGAUCCUAUAUCCCGCCCUCCCCACUGAUGGCUCCACCGGUGUGGAGCUAGCACCCCGCUCUGCAGAGCCCGGCUACCUAGUGACUAAGGUGGUGGCAGUGGACCGAGAUUCAGGCCAGAAUGCCUGGCUCUCCUACCGCCUGCUCAAGGCCAGCGAGCCAGGGCUCUUCGCUGUGGGGCUGCACACGGGCGAGGUGCGCACUACGCGGGCCCUGCUGGACCGGGAUGCCCUCAAGCAGAGCCUGGUGGUGGCUGUUCAGGACCAUGGCCAGCCCCCUCUCUCAGCCACAGUCACACUCACUGUGGCCGUGGCUGACAGUAUCCCAGCUGUCCUGGCUGACCUAAGCAGCCUUGAGUCUCUCGCCAACCAAGACGACUCUGACCUCACAUUCUACCUGGUAGUGGCGGUGGCCGCAGUCUCUUGCGUCUUCCUUGCCUUUGUCGUAGUGCUGCUUGCUCUCAGGCUGAGGCGCUGGCACACAUCACGUCUACUCCAGGCUUCAGGAGGCGGGUUGGUGGGCGUGCCCGCCUCUCACUUUGUGGGCGUGGAUGGGGUGCGGGCGUUCCUGCAGACCUAUUCCCAUGAGGUCUCCCUCACCGCGGACUCGCGGAAGAGUCACCUGAUUUUUCCGCAACCCAACUAUGCUGACACUCUCAUCAGCCAGGAGAGUUGUGGGAAAAGCGAGCCUCUGUUGCUGCCAGGUGAUUCGGUGUUUUCUAAAGAUAAUCAUGCACUAAUUCAGGUGAGUCCAUGUCAAUUGUUCAUCAGCUUAUUUUGUUCAUUAUAUUCCACAAAUAAAUGAGAUAAUGUGAUAUUUGUCUUUCUUUAA